AUGUUGAUCAAAUGGAUUAAUACAUCCAACAUCACAAAUGCUUUUGUCUCGGGAAUGAAGGAGGAUCUCAGUCUCUACCAGAACCAAUACAACUAUGCAGUGCUGUCCUGGAUCAUUGGGUAUAUCAUUGGUCAAUGGCCGUCCAACUUUAUCUUGACCCGGGUUCCUGCUCACAUCAGGGUUCCCUUUCUCGAACUCGGAUGGACAAUAUUUAUCUUCAGUCUUGCUGGAGCCAAGUCAUACACACACUUACUGGCUCUUCGGUUUGUUGUUGGCCUCUUCGAAGCUGGGUACUGGCCAGCGCUCUAUUAUAUCCUCGGCAGUUGGUACAAUAAAAGAGAACUUGGCAAGCGCAACGGCAUUCUCCAAUCAGCCGUCUCCAUCGCACCCAUCUUCAGCGGCUUCCUUCAAGCUAGAAUUUACAACUCGCUGAAUGGGCAUUUUGGUCUGGCUGUCAUCAAUGGAGUCAUCUCUUUGCCCGUUGCUGUGCUCGCAUUCUUCUUUCUUCCAGAUACUCCUGGAACCGCAAGACCCAAUUGGGUGUUCACCGCACGAGAAAUUGAAAUUGCCAAGGAGAGAAUGGCAAGAGCUGGUCGUACUCCUGAAGGAAAGCCGUAUACUGUCCGCACAAUCCUCGGAUACUUGACGAGUUGGAAGACACUUCUCUUUACUCUCAUAUUCACGAUGCAGCCGUUUGGAAGCCAACCGGCGACAUCUUUCGUGUUCUGGCUCAUGGCACACAACAAAAAGGGCAAGACACCUGUCUACAGCAUUGCGCAGAUUAAUGAAUAUCCGACCAUUGGAAAUGCCUUCGUUGUUGUAUACUCGCUCCUCACAGUCUGGAUCUCCGACGGACCACUGAAAGGCCGUCGGUGGCCAACUGUCAUAUUUGGAAACCUGGUGGCAAUCGUCAUUUUCACUUUAUUGGUCGUCACUCCUGUGUUCGGACCGUUCUCUCAUCGUGCACCGCUGUACAUUAUGUCUAAUAUUGCUGGAACCUCGGUUCCAUUGGUUAUCGCAGCCUUCACUGCUGCUGCGAUGAACACACUUCAAUACUCUUUCUCCGCUUGGAUUCCUCUUGUAUGGUUCCAACAGAUCCAUCAACCAAACGUGACUCGCGAAAACAGAGCAGCAGCAGUCUUAGCUGGCCUAAAUAUCAUAGUCUACACCAUCAUCGCCGUCCUCGCCCACAGAGAGAAGUUGCAGAAGAAGAGGAACGGUGAACUACAAAGUGCUUCUCAGAACAGCGAUCCGGAAUCAUCUAGCGUAGGUGAGAUAUCCGAGAAGAGAGGACCUCUGGUAGACUCGCAGGAUGUUACACCGGUUAUCAAGAGCUAA